GCUCUUACUCACAAAGCAACUAUAAAUCCGAGUAUCGACAAUCGCCAGUUAGAAUUCGAAAUAUCAAAAUGACAUUGGCUUAAUAGUAUUUAUUAACUUAGAUGUAUCAUUGAUAUUUAUUGUCUUCCACAAAGUAAAAGAGGUUGUUACACAAAAUGGAUAUAUUCCCACUUCUAUAAAUCUGUGAUAGAAUUGGUGUGACAAUUGUUGUUGUGACCUGAGACCAUUAGCAAAAUUUCUAUACUUCAUUGCCUGGAACAUCUUCAAGAGUUGGUUGCAUUCCAUUUUAACUUGGACAUAUUUACAAGGGAAGUUGCCGUAUCAACAAAGGUCACGCUUUAUGGAAAUAUAGUCGUAGAAAUACUUCAAACAAUACCAGAACAAGAGACGAAGUUGACAGAAAAGAAUAAUUAUGGAAAAUGAAUUCUGUGAGGAACCAAUUGAAAUUAAAACAAAGUCUGGCAGACUUGAUUCUCCUGAUGAGAUUCAGAAUGAGAGAGAAGAAAGAUUAUAUUCCUGUGACAUCUGUAAAAAGUCAUUCUCUCAGAAAAGUCACCUAACUGAUCACAAAUAUGUUCACACCAGAGAGAAAUCAUAUCAUUGUGAUAUCUGUGGUAAAUCAUUUUCUAGAAGUAGUUCCUUAAUUACUCACAAACGUAUUCAUACGGGAGAUAAGCCAUACCAUUGUGAUAUCUGUGGUAAAUCAUACUCUCAGAUUGGUCACUUAAAUACUCACAAAUGUAUUCAUACAGGAGAGAAACCAUAUCAUUGUGAUAUCUGUGGUAAAUCACUCACUACAAGUGGUAUGUUAACAAGUCACAAACGUAUUCAUACAGGAGAGAGACCAUACCAUUGUGAUAUCUGCGGUAAAUCAUUCUCUCACAGAUCAUCCUUAAGUACUCACAGAAGUGUCCAUUCAGGUGAGAGACCAUAUCACUGUGAGAUUUGUGGUAAAUCAUUCCCAGAUAAAAGUAAAUUAAGUAGACACAUAUAUGUUCAUACAGGAGAAAAACCCUAUUGCUGUAAUAUCUGUGGUAAAUCAUUCAGUCAAAAUGUUGACUUAAAUAAACACAUACGGAUCCAUACAGGAGAAAAACCAUAUCACUGUGACAUCUGUGGUAAAUCUUGCUCUCAAAGUAGUGACUUAAUUAAACAUAAGCGUGUUCAUACAGGGGAAAAGCCAUAUCAUUGUGAUAUCUGUAGUAAAUCGUUUUCUGAUAGCAGUACCUUAAUUCACCAUAAACGAGUUCAUACAGGAGAAAAACCGUUUCACUGUGAUAUCUGUGGUAAAUCCUUCUCUAAAAGUAGUGACUUAACUAAGCAUAAGCGUGUUCAUACAGGAGAAAAACCAUAUCACUGUGAUAUCUGUGGUAAAUGUUUCUCAAGAAAUAGUGUCUUACUUAUACAUAUGCGUAUCCAUACUGGAGAAAAGCCAUAUCAGUGUGAUAUCUGUGGUCAGUCAUUCUCCAGGAAUACAAGCUUAAAUCUACACAAACAUACUCAUGCAGGUGAAAAACCAUAUCACUGUGUUCUCUGUGGAGAAUCCUUCUCUCAAAGAAGUGGUUUAUCUAGACACAAAUAUGUCCAUAGAGCAGAGAAAUUGUUUCUCUGAUAUUUGUGGCAAAUCGUUCUCUAGAAAUUUUCAGUGACUUGACACAGUCAUCUUUAUACACCGGAGUGACCAUAUCACGGAUAUAUUUUUUGGCUGCUCCUCUGGACCAUACUUGAUACCUUUUUAUACAGAAGAGAGGUCAUAUCAACUUGAUACACUAAUUUCUUUAGGCAAUGACUAAACAAGACACAGCCAUUAAAAUGAAAGACUAACCAUACUACAGUAACAUCUGUAGACACAAAAGAGAUAGCUAUUCACAGAGGGGAUGACAGGGGGCUGAGACUUGCAAUUUGCUGUUUGGAAAGACAUGAAGCUAGGUAAAAGCAUGGUUGCCUUUGCAUACAGUCUUGUCACUUACUACCCUCUCCAGCUGAGUAUCCCUGAUCUUGCUAGUUUGUCAGUGCUAGUGGCAUGCAAAAGACACCUGUGCUGGUGCUGCAUAAGGGUACCCAGCACACUCUGUAAAGUGGUUGGCAAUAGGGAUGGCAUCCGGGUGUGGAAACCAUGCCAAGACAGACAAAUGCAGCCUGAACAGCCUUUCAGCUGGUGAGGUGCUGCCAAACCAUUUAACUCUUGCCAUCAUGGAAAAUGCACUUUAAAUGAUGAUGAGCUGGUGAUGUUACUAAUUUUUGCACUUCAACUGAUGGGUGAUGUCAUCAACACUGGUAUGUCAUAAGAGAUAUUGUGACAGUGUGGAGGUUGAGAGUCACAUAUAUGUUUUGUUAAUCAAGUAUUUAGUUGCUGUCUCCUGUUCUUGUGGAGCAAUUGAGAUAUGGUGUAUAUAUUGCAUGUCUAGGAGAGGUUUCUAUUCCUUUUCAUGUUGCUGGCAUUCUCUAAGGAGUGUAUCCAUGCAUAACUUUCUGCCCAUAUGAUGGUUAUUUAUCUUCUGAGUGUCCAACAAGUUUAGUCCAGCUCCUCUGUGUGUGUGUGUAGAUAUAUAGAUAGAUAGAUCUAUAUAUUAUAUAGAUAUAUCU